AUGAACAACAAUAGCAGUAGCACCACUGAGCCACAGCAGAGGCGACGGACUUCCAAACGGUCAACAAAAAAUCAACAAUCUGCAUCACCAAUUUGGAUUACCCACAGUGAGGAAAUCGAUAGGUUUGCUAUUGCCAAGUGCACCAAGCGCAUUCACACUGCAAAGGACAACCAGAUUUCCCAGCUAUACACAUCUUACUUGGCCAAUGCUGUUAUUCAUUCCCAUCCCCGCCCAUUUGACAAACGCCGCAAGGAAGCGAAUCAACGACUUUUGAUGGCGUACACACAAGCCUUGCUAGACAAAAACAUUCAUCCCAAUGACACUGGCUUUAGUGGUGAAUCCGCGGUGUCUUUGGCAGCUAGAAGGGGUUAUUCGAAGCUACUCAAGCUCUUGCUUGUUGAUGCAAAGUGUUCCAUCAUUCUUGGGACUCCUCAUGCAUUGAUGACUGCAGUAAAAUUUCGACGAUAUGAGUGCAUGAAUAUCCUUCUAGACGAGAGAAAGCAACAGCUCCAGGAUAUUCUUUCCCAGGAAGAAAGGGAUUGUUCUUUGGGGGGAUUAGGAUUAAUUCGAGGAAGAGACAUUGUCAAUAUCAACACUCUGAGCGAAGCAGUGUCCCGGGCAGAUGUUACUGCUGUUCAAAUUCUCAGAGCUCGAGGAAAUGCGAUGAUUUCUGACCUGUGCUGGUGGAGACAUGAAGACAAGUUGGCUUCUGUUCUAAAAGGCAUGUAUGGUGCACAGAAUGUCAGUGCCUGGAGCAAGAAGGUUUAUUGGAGUUUUCCAACCACCGAUCGAAGAAUGAUCAACUACCUUUGGCAUCUGUUUGCACGAAAGAAGACUGACUUUCCCAGUGAUGUGGUGCUUAACAUUCUGGGCUUUAUAGCAAGAGGCUGGUGGGCGCAAAAACCCGAUAGUAACAGCCGCAGAUCCAUCAUGGAUGUUGCAGAGUGGAAUAUCAUUGACUGA